AUGGCUUCCACCGAUAAGGGUCUCGAGGAGAUCCCAGUAGGACAAAUCGAAUCCAACUAUGAUGAGGUUACCGAUUCCUUCGAUGCUAUGAACCUCCGCGCUGAGCUGCUCCGAGGUGUCUAUGCCUACGGUUUCGAGCGCCCCUCUGCUAUCCAGCAGCGCGCUAUCAUGCCCGUCAUCAAGGGCUCCGAUGUUAUUGCCCAGGCUCAAUCCGGAACUGGCAAAACUGCCACCUUCUCCAUCUCUGCUCUGCAGAAAGUCGACACCAACCUCAAGGCUUGCCAGGCUCUGAUUCUUGCUCCUACCCGUGAGCUUGCCCAGCAGAUCCAGAAAGUCGUUGUUGCCAUCGGUGACUUCAUGAGCAUCGAGUGCCACGCUUGUAUCGGUGGCAUUAGCGUGCGCGAGGAUAUGAAAGCUCUUCAGGAAGGGCCCCAGGUCGUUGUUGGCACCCCUGGCCGUGUCCACGACAUGAUCGAGCGCCGUGUCCUCAAGACCGAUCACUUGAAGAUGUUCGUUCUUGACGAGGCUGACGAGAUGCUUUCUCACGGUUUCACCGAGCAAAUCUAUGAUAUCUUCCAACUCCUUCCCCAGUCUACCCAGGUUGUCUUGCUUUCCGCUACCAUGCCCCAGGAUGUGCUGGAAGUCACCACCAAAUUCAUGCGUGACCCCGUCCGCAUCUUGGUUAAGAAAGCAGAACUCACCCUUGAAGGUAUCAAGCAGUUCUACAUUGCCGUGGAAAAGGAGGAAUGGAAGCUGGACACCCUGUCCGAUCUCUACGAGACUGUCACAAUCACCCAGGCCGUCAUCUUCUGCAACACCAGGAGAAAGGUCGACUGGCUCACUGACAAACUCACCGCCCGUGACUUCACUGUCUCCGCCAUGCACGGUGACAUGGAGCAACAGCAGCGUGAUAUUAUCAUGAAGGAAUUCCGCUCUGGCUCUUCCCGUGUCCUCAUCGCCACUGACCUGCUCGCCCGUGGUAUCGAUGUCCAGCAAGUCUCGCUGGUCAUCAACUACGAUCUCCCUGCCAACCGCGAGAACUACAUCCAUCGUAUUGGUCGUGGUGGUCGUUUCGGCCGGAAGGGUGUUGCCAUCAACUUCGUCACUGCUGAUGAUGUCCGCAUGAUGAGAGAGAUCGAGCAGUUUUACAGCACCCAGAUCGAAGAGAUGCCCAUGAACGUUGCUGACCUCAUCUAA